CGAGCAACUAGGCAGGGCCGCUGCUCUCGGGGGCGGGGGAUGCGAGGCGGAUGCAUGCACCGACUCUCCACUCCCACCACAUCAUAGCUCCUUCACACGUUUCACACAGCCGCCAGUGCUUCCUCCAUGCCCGUGCACGCGCCUGUGCCCAUGCCAGCUCGCUGGCUUGGAGGGUCACCUUCGUCCUUGGGGAAGCCACAUCGGCCUUGGAGCAUGUAUCACGGAGUAGGUCCUUGGAGAGGAAGAGAUUCGUAGGUCGAGGAGAAGAGUUUUUAUCCGCCCGUUGAGGACUCCCCGGCGCUACUCAAGUCCCCCUGUGCCUAAGGACGUAAUUUGAUCAUCGUAGUAUCUAGAUAGUGGACCUUAGUCAUGCAGAAAGUUCAUGAGAUGCAGCAGGAACUGGAGGAAGCAGUCAAGGAGUUCCACAGGAUUCAAGAAACGAGGCAACAAUAUCUGCAGAAAUGUAACACUGAAAUUAUUAGUGUUUUGAAGCAGUUCUUAAAUGAAAAGUUCAGAAUUGAAUUGCAGGAACACUUUGAAUGCAGAAAUGAAUGUCUUGAAGAUAAUGUCAAGUUUAUAGACAACACCAUAAAUUCUGCGUGUGAUGCCCAUGAAGACAUUAUCAAUCUUAGACAGCAAGUUAUUGAUAUAUUCAAUGAAGGAGUCACACCAGAAGUAGCUGCAGACAACUCAGAUGCUUUGGUUGCAGACCGAGGCAUGGCAGACUUCCACAAGUUAUCAUGUGAAACAAAGGAUCAGGUGAUGUUGAUCAAUAACCAACAAGAAGUAUAUGAAAUUCUCAUGAGUGAGACUGAAGAAAUAGUUCUCAGAAAGGUUAACCAAAUAUUAUGUGAAAUGGAUAAAAGUCUGCAAGAAACACACAAAGAAGAGAAGGAGAAUCUAGAUGCUCUUGUGACUGAAAUUACCACAGAGAUAGAAAAAAAUGUUCGACUGCAGGGUACAUUGCAGAUUAUACAGAAUCAAAUGGAUUCACUGUCAGAGCGCCUGCAAGCACCUAUAUAGUUAAAAACAAGGAUUCCUUCUAUUCUGCAAGAGAGGAAUGAAUAUGAGGGUUUUUUUUUUUAACUUUUUGACAAGGAUUUGUGUAGUUUAUUUUUGAAGUUGCAUUUACAAAUGGAAAAUUCUUUUGCUUUAUGUUUUCAUCUUUCUGAUUGAGUGCCCAUAACUUUUUCUGUGCAAACUUUAAUUUUCAUUAUGCAGUGAACACAGAACUGUAUUUCUUUUAUGAAGUUAUUUUAGUUGGCUCACUAAAUAUAAAUUGUAUUAAUCUGAUAGUUUCAGUUUUUCAGAUGAUUUCAUUGAUAUAUGUUCAGUGUAUCAUAUUCUGAUAUUAUUUUUAUAUUCUGAUCAUAGAAAGAUUAGAAUGGUGGCUUUAUUAUAUUGAAUAUAGCUUAAGCAGUC